UCACUAUUAACAGCGGACAUUUGACUACAAUUUGAAUUGAAACACGGUCUACUUACUACUCUCUCACCUGCCGUCCCUGGCUCGAGGUACUGCUCAAAAUGUCUGUCGAGAAACAGUUAGGAAGAUCCGCCGUUCUGCAAGAAUUGAAUAUGUCGCAAUUUACAAAUUAACGAAGAAGCCUCCAAAACAACUGGGGAUACAGGGGCCCGUGGAGAGGGUCAGGGACAGGAUCGGACCCCUGUCGCUGGGAGAGAGGAGGUGCCACAACACAGGAAGUAGGAGCCACAACAGAGGUAGGAAGAGGAGGGAACAAGCACAUUGACUAAGACAGGUCUGGGUCUAGACCUCCGUGCCAGGCUAGAUGAUGAAGAGCCUCCAGUUCAGAAGCAUCGCCCCCAAGGCCCCAGCAGCGGUAGUUCCCUCCCCGACCGCCGUCCUGUCUUGCCAGCAACCCUCUGCCCUCCCAGAGGCAGCCUCUACAGCCGUCAGCCCUAAAUCCAUCCUGGUUCCGGCCCAGAACUAUGCCCUGAUGCAGGUGGCAGGACAGGAGGGCACCUUCUCUCUAGUGGCCCUGCCGCCCUCCGUAUCCCCUCAAUCUCCACAGCAACAACAGCCGCAGCAACAGACAAUCCAGAAGAACCUGAAGCUGCCCAUCCCCAGGUACCAGCCAAUGAGGGCCAAGAGCACCCCGGAGAAGGUCAAAUUAGCCACACCCACUGCCGUGACAACCCGGCCACAAAGGUCAAUAGCGGCGGUAAAAAAGAAGUUGUCAUCGCCGGAACCCAAGGAGGAGCCAUCAAAACAGGUCAUACUGAUCGACUCCACAGCCUCCUCUGAGAUCUCAGCCCUCACAGCCCUGCUCCCGGACAACGCUGUGCUCUACUCUGGAUCUCCACUGGAGCAAGUAGCAGUAGUGGACACCACCAUCAACCACAUGUCUACUCCUGCCCACGGCCCGGGCCCCGUCACCAGCAUGCUGCAGAACCUCCAAUACCCAUCUGGUGGUUUUACUAAAAGCUCCCCAGUCAAACUGCCACAGGAAGAGAGCAACAUUAAGGUUGGCAUUAGGCCAUGCCAACCCAAGCCUGUAGCCCAACAGCCCCAUCCACAGCCAGCUAGUAGCAGCAUCACUGUCCUCUCUCCAGCCAUCUUCAGCAAAGCUGUCCAGAUUAUACCCUCCCCACCCAAAGGCAAGUUGCCCAUCCUGCCCUACUCGAACAUAAAAAGCAACCUCAUACCAGCCACCAAACUCAACCUGAACGCCAUGAGUCCCAAGAAGGCUUUCCCCAGCCAGCCUGGCUUGCCCGGCCUUACCUCGUAUCCCUCUGAUCCCCAGUCCAAGACCCCAGAGACUGCCGAGGCCCUCUGUCAGAACCACAUGCCAAACUCCCUGCUGCAGAGCCAGCCUCGGGCCAAGACCACAGGCACCCUGUCGCUGCUGGGAACGCUUCAGAUGCAGAAACCACCGGGCAAGAAGAGGGGGAGGAAGAGGAAGACAAUGGAGGAUAUUCUGGCCUUUGAGGCAAGGAAGAAGAGAUCCUUGUCGUUCUUUCGGAGGAGGGUUCCAGAGAAGCCUUCUCCAUCGGCUGUCAUCUCGCAGCAGAGGGAGGUGGACAUCUCUAAGAAGUACCGCAGCAUCAGACCCAAGCCUCACCACAUGCUGCUGAUGGAGACAGUUCCCCAGCUGGUCAGCCUGCCCUCCCUCACCUCCUCUGACAGUCUGGAACCAGAGCUCCUCGUAGGGCACCAACUCUCUGCCAAGGUCCUGGAGCCUGGUCCUCGCCAGCCCCAGUCAGCCUCUACCACGCUUCACCUGAGAGGGGGUAGUUCCUCUCAAAGGGUCUACCUGGGCAGUAGCCGGCCCCUCCACCACUGCCCCACCUGCAGCCGCUGCUUCCAGUUCAAACACCACUUGCAGAGCCAUAUGAACAGCCACACCAACAGUAGGCCUUACGUCUGUCCAGUGUGUCGUAAGGCCUAUGCCCAUUCCGGCUCGCUCAGCACUCACAUGAAGCUGCACCACUCAGAGGGCCGACCACGCCGGACGCUUCGCUGUGAGUUCUGUGAGAAGGCGUUUGGCUACGUGGGCGUGUACUUCAGCCAUCUGAGGGAGGUGCAUAAGGUUAUCCUGACUGUGGAGCCAUCCAUCAGCCAACAUGAAGACGACGUGCCUGUGGAGGGGGCGAUGUCUCCAGACCAGGGGGACGAGCAGGGCCAGGAGGAGCGCGAGGACCCGGUGGAGCUCCAGAUCAAGUGUGGCCGCUGUCAGGCCAUCACCCCCACCUUCGCCGACAUGAAGCUGCACCUGCUCUACGUGCACGGGGAGGAGGUGCAGGUGCGCCUGCGGGACGGGGCUGGCGGGCUGGGAGGGGCACUCCAAGGGGGCCGGGAGGCCGAGGACGAGCUGGUGAAACACGCCGCCCACUACUGGCGCCAGCUCAAUGAGAAGAGGAACCUAGUCCGCUGUGGGAGCUGUGACGAAGAGUUCUUCUCCUUCUCCAAGCUGAAGCGUCAUAUCCUCUCCCACCACCAGGGGGGGGCAGAGGACGAUGGGAAUGGAGACAGAGAGGGAGAGGGAGAGGGGGAGCCGACUGGCCGCUCAGCCCGGGGAGGGAGAGGGGUCCUCGGGCAGGGCUCAGUGUUUAACUGUGUGCUGUGCAGCCAGGUCCUGGACAGUAAGGAGGAGGUGAUGGAGCACUGGACGGUCCACCACCACUGUGAGGACACCCAGGUACUCUGGGAGGCCCUCAGCUCCUACUCAGGGGACAGGGAGAUGGACUUGCCCUCUCACAGCACACAUUAACAUGGCACUGGACACGUUUCAGGUUGUUUCUGUUGCAGUCACGUUGCACAACUCAGAAGAUUGACUUUACUGAUUCUUUUUAGCUUCUAAUGAAGUGACGGUUCCAAACAGUGCAUCAGAAGAUUGCUAUACCAUAUUAACAUGGUGUCCGAUGUUAAACAUCUCUCCAGGCAUUGUGAGAGCUAAUAAUCGGGUCAGCCUGACUGCAAUAAAGACAACCUGGAACGCACCGCACUCACUGUCUGUGUCUGUCUGAGCCCAUCCUGCACAGUGGGCUGCUCUCAAACACACGCAGUUAUUCCCUUUAUACACUAUCAAGCUGACCCCAACCAUACAGUGGGGACAUUUUAUUUUCAAAUGGUCCUUUGCACCACAGUUCCAGCAACUAUGGAAUGGUGGAUGCCUUGCCUCUAACCAGGCCAGUGCAGUACAGUGCAGCUCGGCUCAGUAGUGUGUAAAUGGUAUUAGGACGUACAGAGGUCAGUUAUAGCACAGGUUAGUUUGUUUGAGAAUCCACUUGAUAGAUUAGUAAUUAUUAUAUGGUAUUUUAUGGACUGCACUGUUUUUUGUUAGUUCUGAUUUUGUGUUUAGGUUUUUUGAUUUUGGUGUGUUUUAAUAUUUUGUUUAAUAAAAUGGAAAGGAUAGUUUUUUUUUUUUGUAUUGCGUAUUUAGAUACAUUAUUGGCCACAGACGCAGUGAAACGGUUUGUCAAAUGACGUGAGUAAGCAUAAUAGCCUAGCGGUAGUAAUAAGGGCACACUGUACCUAAGUCUGUCUUUUGGCCUUGAGUACUUUUUGGUUGAAAACUAAUUAUAGACCUUUUGUGUCAAACUCAUUCAAUGUUGGGCCUUGUGUCUGCAGGUUUUUGUUUUUUCCUUCAAUUAAGCCCUAAUUAGUGACUUUAAUUAAUCAAGUACACGGGAGGAGCGAAAACCCGCAGCCACUCGGCCCUCAGUGAAAUUAGUACGGUACAUGGUAUAUGAGUACGGUACAUGGUAUAUGUCUAGCUAUUUUGACCUAGAGGAAAACCUUCUCAGUACACCAGCACCUGACUGAAACAUCUGAGGCCUUCUGAAAAUAGAUUGAGAAUCUUAUUUCUGGCUAAUAAUCAAUAAAGGACUCAUAAACAGA